GUAGAUGCCCAGGUCAAAGAAUCUGUCAAGCUAAUGCUUUUUGGUGAUCAGCAAGACUUUCCCAAAUCACUUCUCCAAUGGCUUACAUCCAAUUUUGUGAGCAAAAGUGAUCUGCAGACUUUGCUGCAGGACCUAGAGAUGCAGAUCCUCAAGAAUAUUACUCUUCACAUGUCUGUUACAAACCAAAAACUAACAUCUGAAGUAGUAACAAAUGCUGUGGCUAAUGCAGGGAUUUCUGGAAUCACGGAAGCGCAAGCACAGAUUAUUGUAAACAACGCACUGAAACUCUACUCUCAAGACAAGACUGGUAUGGUGGAUUUUGCCUUGGAAUCUGGAGGUGGCAGCAUUCUGAGUACUCGCUGCUCUGAAACCUAUGAGACCAAAACAGCAUUGAUUAGCCUCUUCGGAAUUCCUCUGUGGUACUUCUCUCAGUCUCCCAGAGUGGUGAUUCAGCCGGACAUGUAUCCAGGGAACUGCUGGGCGUUCAAAGGAUCACAGGGGUAUCUUGUAGUUAGACUCUCAAUGAAGAUCUAUCCAACUGCCUUCACAGUGGAACACAUACCAAAAACACUUGCACCAAGAGGAAAUAUCACCAGUGCUCCUAGGAAUUUUUCAGUAUAUGGUCUAGAUGAUGAAUAUCAAGAAGAAGGCAAGCUUCUAGGAAAGUAUGUCUAUGAUCAAGGAGGAGAGCCACUGCAGAUGUUUCCAGUGAUGGAAAAAAGUGAAAACGCAUUCCAAAUAGUGGAACUGAGAAUUUUUUCUAACUGGGGACAUGCAGAAUAUACCUGCCUGUAUCGGUUCAGAGUGCAUGGGAAACCUGCCGAAUAAUCUCCUACACUACAGCUUGGGUUGGUUGUUGUUGUACAUUUUGUUCUCAAUUUGUAUAUACCGGAAAGCCUAGAACACUGGAAUCUAAAGGAUGAGGAUGCAAGAUAUAUACUGCAGAACUGUUGAUCCUCUGAUAAAGGCAGAAGACUGUCAGCAGAACUGUAUAAAAAAACUUUUAUUUGCUCAGCUUGUAAUUACCAUUUAGCUUUAUAUUUUUCUGUCCAUGUUGAGAGACAUUAUGCAUGCAAACUACUCCAGUUCAUAAAGCCCAGUUGGCAGACAGGUGACACCUAUUUUAUUACAAACGAAUGUAUUGGGUUUUCUAAAAGAAUAAACCACACUUUCUGCAA